UGCUCUCUCCAUCCGAAAGCCAAAGCGAGUCUCACCAGUCAAAGAGCGAGUUCUAGUAGCUUUGCUGAUCUGUUCUGUUGUUUUUGGUUGGAAGCAAACCUUUAGUUCCGGCGAUCAUGGAGGACGAGAGGAGCACCCAGCACCACCAGGUCGGCGAGGCCCAGGAGAAGGCCGCCGAUCACGUGGAGGUGAAGGACAGGGGCAUCCUGGACACCCUUCUCGGCAGGAAGAAGCCCGAGGACCAGGAGAAGCAGCAGCCGGAGGAGGAGCUUGUGACCGGCAUGGAGAAGGUCACGGUGGCCGAGCCUGAGAAGCACGAGCACAAGAAGGAGGAGCACGAGGCCGGGGAGAAGAAGGAGAGCCUCCUCGCCAAGCUGCACCGCACCAGCUCCAGCUCCAGCUCGUCGAGCGACGAGGAAGAGGAGAUGAUCGACGAGAACGGCGAGAUUGUCAAGAGGAAGAAGAAGAAGGGCCUCAAGGAGAAGAUCAAGGAGAAGCUGCCCGGUCACAAGGACCACGCCGAGGGCGAGCACCACUUGGCCGUACCGGCCCCGGCGCCCGCGCCCGUGGGGACGCACGCUUACAAGGAGGAGGAGCACAAGCCGUACGUGCCGGCCCCGGCUCCCCCGCCCGCGGUGGAGACGCACGUCCACCACCACGACCACGCCGUCGUCGUCCAGAAGGUCGAGGACGACGCCCCGCCGGCGCCGGAGGAGGAGAAGAAGGGCCUCCUCGACAAGAUCAAGGAGAAGCUCCCCGGCGGCCACAAGAAGCCGGAGGACGCCGCGCCCGCCGUCCACGCGCCGGCGCCGGCGCCGGCGCCGCACGCCGAGGACGUGGGCAGCCCGGACGGCAAGGAGAAGAAGGGCUUGCUGGGCAAGAUCAUGGACAGGAUACCGGGAUACAACAAGGGCUCCGGCGAGGAGGACCACAAGGCCGCCGGCGGCGAGCACAAGACCAGCUCCUCUUAAGGCCGCCCGCGCGUCGUGACCGGGCCUUGAUCGGAAGCGUUGGUUUGGCGUGCGUUUGGUUCUGAUUUGCUUUUAGUAAGUUUGUUUCAAGAUGGGAUUGCGCAGUCAAGGCCCGGCCAGUGCUGGUAGUGAGUGUUGCUGCUUGCGUUCGCUCUGGUACAGGCUCUAGUUUGGUUCCAAGUCAGUCAGGGUCUGGAAGUUGUUGUUGGGUUUGUUGAAUUAUCAUCAGCAGUUGCGUAUUGUAAUUCGGCUGGGCUACCUGGGAAUUAUGCCUUAAUAUUAAAUACCUUGGUUUCUGCCCA